AUGACACACAAUAAAGUCUCAGGUUAUGGAAGGGCACCACACUUUGAUGGUACUGAGUAUGUUUUCUGGAAGAAUAGAAUGGAGACCUAUUUGGGGUCUUUGGGAUAUGGUGUUCUCAGAUUGAUAUGUACCAAGUUCGAGAUGCCAGAUACAGAACCGACCGAUGAGACAGAAAUUAAGAAGUUUGAAAACAACCUGAAGGCAAUGAAUGCACUUAAGAGUGCACUGACAAACACGAAGCUUGCAAAGGUCAUGGAUUGCAAGACAACCAAGCAACUGUGGGACAGGCUUAAGGGUGUGCAUGAAGGUGAUCAGAGGGUCAAAAAGUUCAAGCUUCAAGUUCACAAGGUAAAUUUUGAAGGAUUGAAAAUGAAUAAAAGUGAAGAUAUUGAAGCAUAUAUGGUUAGAGCCAAUGAAGUUGUAAAUGCUAUCAGAAGUGUAGGUCAUAUAUUAAGUGGCUCAAAGAUUUGUCAGAAGAUACUCAGAUCACUUCUUCCCAAAUAUGACUCCAAGGUUUCAGUUAUUGAAGAUCAUGAUGAUAUAGACAACUUGGCAUUAGAUGUUUUACAAGAAAAUUUGAAGGCUUAUGAGAUGAGAACUGGGAAAGGAAAAGGCAAAGCUGAAGAUAAAGAACUUGCUUUUCAAGUAAUGAAGAAUGAGAAUUGA